CACAGGUAUGGCCUUCAUUACAUAUAUUUUACUGGCUGGAAUGGCCCUCGGAAUACAGAAAAGGUUUUCCCCAGAGGUCCUUGGGAUGUGCGCCAGCACGGCCUUCGUGUGGAUGGUGAUUGAAGUUCUUGCCCUUCUCCUGGGUCUCUACCUUGCUACGGUCCAAAGUGAUUUGGGCACGUUUGAUCUUCUGGCUUACUGCGGCUACAAAUACGUUGGGAUGAUCCUCACUGUGGUCGGGGGCUUGGUGUUUGGCCUCAAUGGUUACUACAUCAGUCUGGCGUGGGCCUCCUGUUCUCUUAUGUAUUUCAUGGUUCGCUCUUUACGGAUGAAGAUCCUGACUUCCGUGGUGCAAGAUGGACUGAGCCGGACCACCGGCCGGGCGCAGAUGUACAUCACACUAGGCGCCGCUGCCUUCCAGCCGUUAGUUUUGUACUGGUUGACGGCCCAGUUGGUGCAUUAAACGGAGGAGAUGAGACUUUGGGGGCGGCGCAAUUCCUCCCUUUUUUUUUUUUUUUUUCCUGUUUUGGUUCACAUCCCCUCCUCCCAAAUUUCACCACUUCCCCUAGUUCUGUCUCUGCCCCUCCCCCCCCCCCAAAUUCCAGUGUGGGAGGGGGUUCUCCACGGAGAAGGACAAGUGGGGAUCUGUCCCCUUUUUGGAAGAAUGAAGUGAAAGGCAGCGGGUCCAUUCGCACUCGGGACUCCCUCCCAGGAGCAGCGGAGGCAGGCCAGCUGUCCGAGUUGACUGCUUGUCCACAACUCCGAAAAUCUGUAGAUUUGCGGUCUUACUGGUAUCUUACUGGGUAGAUUCGGGGUCCUACUGGUAGAGGCAGUUCUGCUGUUGGGGAUUUUACUUGAGUUGGAUGAAUUUGGAUCCUUCCUCGCGCAAAAUUUACAGGUUUUCUAUUCCUGUGGUGUAUCUAGAACGGUGUUUCUUGGUUGCUUGGGGUGGACUUCCAACUCCCAGGUAUUCCCCUGCCAACUAUCGAAGAUGGAUGGACUUCAAGUCCCAGCAUCCCCUGCCGGCUGAGGAAUUCCGGGAGUCGUAGUCCACUGAUCUUCGAAGCAGUUACGGUUGAGAAGCACCAAUCUAGAAUAAAUCCAGUAUUUUUCAUCUUGGGUGCUUGAAGAUGAGUGGACUUCAACUCCCAGCAUUCCUUUGCCAGCUAUUGAAGAUGGAUGGACUUCAAGUCCCAGCAUCCCCUGCCGGCUGAGGAAUUCCGGGAGUCGUAAUCCACCCAUCAUCGAAGCGGCUUAAGGUUGAGAAGCAUCGAUCUAGAAAACGUCCAGUUAUUUUUCAACCUUGGUUGCUUGUGAGAUGGAUGGGCUUCAACUCCCAGAAUUCCAUGCUGGCUGGGGAAUUCUGGGAUUUGAAGUCCAGCUACUUUCCAAACAGACCAGGAUUAAGAUGCACCGAUCUAUAAAAAUCCAGUUUUUCUCCAUCUUGGCUGCUUUGCAGGCGGAUGGACUUCAACUCCCAGAAUUGCCCAGCCAGCCUGCUUGAAGAUGGCUGAACUCCCAAGUCCCGGCAUCCCCUGCUGGCUGAGGAAUUCUGGGAGUCGUAGUCCAACCAUCUUCCAUAAUUGGAAAAGUCCCAGUCUAGAACAAAUCCAGUUUGGUUCCGUGUUUCCGGGAAGCAACAAAGAUGGAUAGGUAGACGGGAGGGAAAAAAAAUAUUUUAAAAUUUGAAGUGUUAAAAAAAAAAAAAAAGAGUUUUGAGUCUGACUCUCCUGUGAGAAAGAGGAAGAGAAUCCGUUUUUGGUUUCCUUACAAUCACUUCCGUGAGAGAUGUUUGGUUUUCUUGCAAGCAUGAUAAAAAGUAUAAAACUCUGCGACGGGCAGAACCAAAUUUGUGAA